AUGCCAUUGCCAUUUAAUCAAAACAAGAUAUCCUUUGCCAAGACAGUCAAGCAUCCUCUUCAACCUGCUCAGUCCGAUGUCGUAACGGAUUCUUUCCCGAGGGGUACUAUUUCCCGUCAUAUCCGAAUUAUACAUCCGUCUCAUGGCUCGAUCGUUUCAAAAAUCCGCGACCCCCAUUGUGCCUCGCCGGCAUCGGUCGAACAUCAUCUUCUUCGUCGUAACGAUAUCUCGGGGCCGACUACCUCGUCUCAUAUUUCUUCUAUCUGGGUUCUUCUGGUCUUCAUCCUUGCGGUACUGUCACUGCUCAAGUUGGGCCGCAGGUCUCGUGGAAAUACCACCGGGGAAAAUAACCCGCAAGGCAAAAUUCGACAGUACGUACGAGUGAGCGAGGAUAGUUUGGAUGGUUUUGAUGAUACAGACUAUCCCAUGGGAUAA